AAAGAAACUAUCCCACUUUGGAUGAUCAACGUGUAAUAAUACCACGUCUCGCUGCGAUAUUUGUUGUUAUUGUGUCGACGGUUUUAUAAGAACUAAACCGGUUUAAUUGCAUCUCGCUUUUCUGCGUGUAUAUAAGACGGCUUAAACGAGCUAAUGUUUAUUUAUACGUGUGAAUGAAACGAAACCGUUCGCACUUUCACUAAUCCCCUUGGCCAAUAUAAACUAUAGUAAAACACACACACGAACUUCUCUCAAUCCAUUGCAGAUACGAGGAUGAUCCGAACCGCAGUAUUCCUGGUCCUAGCGACAGUCGUUUUAGCCGAGGAUUUGGCUACAGUCAAGAUCACAGGAUCCGAUAAUAAAGUCAGUGGUUUAGUUACAUUCAAGAAGUCAGGAAAAGGGAUUGAAAUCGAAGGACAGAUCGAAGGUUUAAUACAGGGAAAACAUGGUUUCCACAUCCAUCAGUUGGGUGAUCUUAGCAAUGGUUGCGCAUCCACCAAAGGUCACUUCAAUCCACAUAAGAAACCGCACGGAGCUCCGGAUUCCAAUAUCAGGCACGUCGGAGAUUUAGGUAACAUCGUUGCGGACGAGAACGGCGUUGCGAAAAUCUCGAUGUUCGACAACGUUAUCUCUUUGGACGGUGAUAAUAACAUCAUUGGAAGGGCUGUCGUUGUGCACAGCGGUGAAGAUGACUUAGGUCAGGGUGAAGGCAACGAUACCCUUACCACCGGAAACGCGGGAGGUCGCGUUGGAUGCGGUGUUAUCGGAAGAGCAACUGAAGGAUCAAGUGUCCUGAUUCAACCACUUAUGCCGGCCAUCUUAAUAAGUUUCAUUGUUGCUAUGGUUACUUCAACCGUUUUGUAGAUGACACAAUUUUGAAGUUUCUUACUACUAUUUGUUUGUUCCUUAGUAGAUUUGAUAAGUUAUCUGAAUUAGGUUAAGUUUGUCAAACUUAUAGAGUAUACAUUAUAUAGUAUAGAGCAGAAGUGUAAAUAAUUAAGA